AUGGCACGCUGGAUUGCCAACGCAGGCCCUGCCGGCGUCCCGCUCACCCUCGCGACGAUCCGCGACCAUGUCGCGACGAUGGCGCAAGCGAACGGCGCGCCUCCGACAUUCCGUUGUAACAUCGGCUGGGUGCGCCGUGCGCUGCGCCGCCAGGGUGUGCGCUGCAUGAGUGCCGUCGGCGACGCGGCCGACCAGGAUAUGAAUGCCGUACGCACGACAAAGGAGAAGCUUCCGCAGCUUCUCAUGCAUCUCGGCGUGCGACCGCGUGACACUUACAAUUUUAACGAGACGGCGCUUUACAUCAGCGUGCUUCCUCGCAAGACGUACGGCACGGGCAGGGCUGCCGGGCGGAAGCUCCCGAAGGAACGCCUCACCGUCGGCUUCUUGGUUAACGCGGAGGGGACACACGCCUUCCGUCCGCUCGUCAUCUCCAAGGCCAAGCGGCCCCAUGAUUUCAGGCCGAAUUUCGACCCCGAGGAGUAUUUCUACUGGCGCAACACUGCUAAGGGGUGGAUGACUAAGGCGGUAAGUUCAUCUUAA